AAUUACCAAAGAAGAAAAAGGAGAGAAGUCGAAAAAUGUUGAGUUUAGGAACGCCUUCGCUGUUUACCCCGUCGUUCUCCAACUCUGCAUCGCCAAAUUUCUUCAUUUCUUCACCUCCGGAAAUCCCAAUAAUGGAUUCCGAUGUGAACAGUGGAGCAGAUCAUUUGGUGGAGCUUAUCGUCCGGGAGGAACCUCCCUCCAUUGUCGACGACGUUCCGAUUUCGGAAGAGAUUGCUCCUCUGUUGACCCAAAUUGAAAAGCCAAAGAUCAACAUCUUCACCAUCUCUUAUCCUCGGAGAAAACCUAUGGAGCAGGUGAAUAAAAUCCAUGAUAGUGAUGUAUCUUCUCUAUCUCAAUCAAUUAUUUGGAUUUGGAGUGGAUCAAGAUACUCUGGACUACUGUGUGCUUCUCUAUCCUCCAUCUUCUACUUCGGCAUGGAAGUUCUGAUGGGUGUUUUUUCGGCUCAGUCUAUACCAAUUAUUGAAAUGGCUUUUACAAGAUGUGUAAUUAUUACAAUACUUUCAUAUUUGUGGUUGAGGAGGAGCGAACAACCAAUAUUUGGACAGCCACAUGUUAGGAAACUCUUGGUUUCUCGUGCCCUAACAGGACUUCUCUCAAUGAUGAGUUUUAUUUACAGCAUUCGAAGGCUGCAUAUUUCUCAGGCAAUUGUAUUGAGCUUUACCACUCCAAUACUGGCUUCAGUUGCAGCAAGAUUUAUUCUGCAUGAAAAGUUGAAAUUUUCUGAUUUUGGCGGUCUUGCUUGCAGUUUUUUGGGCGUUCUACUAAUUUUCCAAGAUUUAUUCACUAGUCAAGGGUUAACUAAAGCCGGGAAAGGAAGCACAACCCCCUCCUUGGGAAGUCACCAUGCCUACGCAGUAUUACUUGGUUUUGUAGCGUCAAUAGCUGGCGCAGUUAGCUAUUGCCUUAUAAGAGCUAGUGCAAAAGCAUCUGAUCAACCAGUGGUUACGGUUUUCUCUUUCGGUCUGUUGGCUGGUCCUGUCACUGGAAUAUGUACUGUGAUCUUUGAGGAUUUGGUGCUGCCAAGUCUAUAUUCAUUUUUACUGAUGCUAGUGCUUGGUCUCCUUGCCUUCUUGGCUGAGGUUUGUUGGGCUCGGGGACUUCAACUUGAGAAAACCAGUAAAGUAUGUAACCUUCGGUUCAUGGAGGCUUCAUUUGUGCAAUUAUGGCAUAUUGGAAUAUUAGGACUGGUUCCUUUUGGACGAAUAGUUGGAACUCUCCUUAUCUUCCUCUCUCUUUGCUGGACUUUUUAUGUCGGUCCGGACAGAGAAAUGGAGUAAAAUGUCAUCUUCAUUUGUCUAUUCCAUAAGGAACUACAAAUGUCUUGCCAUUUUUUUUCUUGUGUAAUGUUCAUGACAAUCUUUUGGUUCAAUUUUAAAAACAACCCUAAUUUGGGUUGGUUUUGAUUGAAAA